CCGACAUGACAGAUAAUAGAAAUGUCAGAUAUUAGCAAGUGUUUUGAGGUUAUUGUAUUUUGUAAUUAAAAACAGUUAAAACGGUUUUUAAAAUGCAGUUGCCCUUUUAUAAUGACAAACAGAUUUGUUAGUUAUGACCAUUAUUGGAAAUAUUGGAAUAGGUAUUUUAAUUUUAACAAUAUUGUGGAUAAUAACAUUAUUUAUUGUUGUAAUUGGAGUCCGAUUACAAAGUAACAUUUCUUGGAUAAUAUUAGGAACGGCUACUGUGAUAACAAUUUUAUUAUUAAUUAUCCCUACUGAUAAGGAAAUCCAAUUGAAUAAAUUGGACAUUGAAGAAGAUUAUUGUUUUAUAUUCAAGAACAUUUUACUGUCAAUAUUAUCAUUAAGUUGUGUAGUUGGAUUUGGAAGUUUUUUUGUUAUACAUUGUACAAGCCCUACACAUCCAGACGCAAUACAAAGUUUUUACUGUGAAUAUGAAUAAAUUUACAAUUUCCCUUUUAACCAGGAGAUUGUUUUCUUCCAGCACUAAUUUGAAAAGAAUAAUAAAGAUAUCCAAUAACGAUGAGUUCCUAUCAAAAGUAAUGAAUUCUAGUAUUCCAGUUAUAGUCAAUUUCCAUGCAGAAUGGUGUGAACCGUGUCAUAUAUUAACACCAAAAAUGAAAGAAUUAAUUGAACAUAAAACCAAUAUAGAUUUGGCUAUAGUAGAUGUAGAACAUAACAUUGAAUUAGUUGAAACUUUUGAAGUGAAAGCCGUGCCAGCUGUAAUUGCUGUUAGAGAUGGUUUGGUAGUUGACAAAUUUAUUGGUUUAGUGGAUGCAAAUAUGAUUGAAACAUUGAUUGAAAAACUGGAUCAAAAAUUAUAAUAAUAAAUUGUUUUUAAUUAUAUUAGCUAGUUUUUUCAGUGAAUAUUAAUAAAGUUUUUAAAUUGAA